UCUGGUCCCCUGCUCUGAGGAGGGCAAAGAGAGUGGGAGAAAGGGCUGCCUCGCAACCCCCUUUCCCCCUCCUCGAGCGGGCCCCCAGUGCAAUUCGAUGCGUCCCUGGUAAGGCUCCCCCGCGCUAUAUUGUGUCCUCUCUUGUUUCUGAAGCCUCCACCCACUGGCCCACCCUACAUUUAGCACAUCAUGUGAUCCGGGAUUGAAGUGGAUCUAGGAACGAAUGGAUGACUGAGUAUUCUUAUGAAGAGGAAAGCCAUAAAAGACAUCAACGCCUUUGAGAACAGAAUGUUAAUGCUUGAUGGGAUGCCGGCAGUCAGAGUCAAAACAGAACUGUUGGAAUCUGAACAAGGGUCUCCAAACGUCCACAACUAUCCAGACAUGGAAGCUGUACCCUUGUUGUUAAAUAACAUGAAGGCAGAUCCCCCAGAGGAUUCAUUAUCUACAGAUCAUUUCCAAACACAAACUGAACCAGUGGACUUGUCAAUAAACAAAGCCAGGUCAUCCCCUAUAGCAGCCUCAUCUUCACCGGUUUCCAUGACAGCAUCAGCCUCUUCUCCUUCUUCUACUUCGACUUCUUCUUCUUCUAGUCGGCCAGCUUCCUCCCCUACGGUAAUAACAUCAGUAUCUUCAGCGGCAUCAGUGCCAUCAGUAUUAACUCCAGGCCCUCUUGUGGCCUCUGCAUCUGGUGUUGGAGGCCAGCAGUUUUUGCACAUAAUCCAUCCAGUACCACCUUCAAGCCCCAUGAACUUACAGUCCAACAAAAUGAGUCAUGUGCACCGCAUUCCAGUGGUGGUGCAGUCGGUACCUGUAGUCUACACAGCUGUGAGAUCACCUGGAAAUAUGAACAACACUAUAGUAGUACCGCUGUUGGAGGAUGGGAGAAGCCAUGUUAAAGCACAAAUGGACCCCAGAGGCAUAUCUCCCAGACAAAUUAAAAGUGACAGUGAUGAUGAUGACCUGCCAAAUGUGACCUUAGAUAGUGUUAAUGAAACUGGAUCCACGGCCCUCUCCAUAGCCAGAGCUGUACAAGAAGAGAGCAUGUGGGGCUGUGCCAGGUCAGCUGUUAACACUUUUCGUUUUUUCAACUCCAGUUCAAUUUCACCAUUCAAUAUUGAGAGCACAAGGCGCCAGAGAAGGUCUGAGUCCCCAGACUCCAGGAAGCGGCGCAUCCAUAGGUGUGAUUUUGAAGGAUGCAACAAAGUAUACACAAAAAGUUCUCAUCUGAAGGCUCACCGGCGGACACACACAGGAGAAAAACCAUACAAAUGUACCUGGGAAGGGUGCACCUGGAAGUUUGCUCGCUCAGAUGAACUGACAAGGCACUAUCGUAAGCACACGGGAGUGAAGCCAUUCAAGUGUGCAGACUGUGAUCGCAGCUUUUCCCGUUCAGAUCACUUGGCACUGCACCGCCGUAGGCACAUGCUGGUGUGAGAAACGCUACUUAUCAAGCAGAGUAUAAGAGCUGGGUCUCUUAACUACGUGCAUUCAGCAGGGCUGAAUCCUCUUCUACAGUGUUAACACAAAGGGCAUUCCAUAAUGUCCGUAACAAAAAAGCAGGAAAAGAAGUGCCACUCUUCUCCUUUCCAUCUGAAGUUAAAGCCCCCGAGCAUGGCAACCCCCCAAAAUGUCAUCAUGUUCACCUGGGAGAUAGCAAUUUAAAUGCUACAAAAAUGGGCAUUAUUUUCCAUGCUGUGUCCUUUAACAACAUUUAUGGCCUGUACAUUUUCUCAGCUGUUGGACAUUUUAUUCUUGAGAAUUAUUGCUAUUUUGAUUAUCAGAUAACAACGCAAACCAAUGACAAAAACAAGACCUCUAGACCUUUAGUAUUCCAUUGUCUCCCCCUUUUUUGAGUACCGUCUUAUCAUUAUAUAAAAUAUACCUGAUCUGUGCUACAAACAAGCUGCAUGAAAGUCAGUGAGAAGAUUUUGCUGGAGAGGUUCCACUAUCUGAAGUGUAGGGGCACUUAAGCAAACUUUUGCAAUAAUGAUGGUGGCGUUUUACUAUUUCACCACAGUUUGUCAUUAUGACCUAAAGGACAUCAAACAUGUAACCUUUUCUUUUUCUUAGAUUUUUUUUUGUUGAAGUCUGUAAAACAAAAUGGGGUAGCAGCAUUUCAGCUGAAGUGCAGUAUAAGCAUCUAUCCUCUGCUGUGGAUUUGUUUAGAACAGUUCGUAUAGAAGCUACAAGCUACUGCCCUGUUUUCAAAGUGCAAUUUUUUGUCACCCAGGCAUCCUCCCCAUCUACAUACAUGUAUUUGAUUACAAGGAAACAGUGAAACAAAUCUUAUAUCCACUUGCACCAAGAUUAGUGGCGUGGCCAUCCAUAAAAUGGAAUUGAAUGUACCACUGCUAGUGAGGAAAAGCAGAAAAGAAACAGCUGCAUCUCAAACAGGUGAAAGCAAUAAUGAAUGAAAUGGCUUUCAAGACAAAAACAUAAUGAGGACUUGCAAAACCCAAUCUUUGUACCAACUAAGGUGGCUGUAAAGAAAUAGCACAUUGGAUUUUUUGUGUUAUGUUGACAGCUUACGCUAUUCUUUUUGAUGUUUGUUGGCCUGCUAGGUACCACAGUUAAAUAUUUUCAUUUCCAUCGAAUGUAAUAGUUAUUUUGUGGCUGGAAAGGUGAGACAGAUGAGGGGGUUGGGAAACCCCCACUGUUAAUGGGUUAAUAGAGUAGAAGAGAUGUUCUCUGAAAGAGAUGAUCCACAGGGUUCUAGUUUCCUCACUUGGAAGUACAGGAUAAGGAGACAUUAGUCAACCCAGUAUGCUAUAAAUAACCCUUCACAUGGGAUCCAGAGGUUGCCACUGCAGGCUUCUUCCACCCAAACCUCCUUAGUUUACAUGAAUGCAAAUUGUUUAUCAUUCCCAUGCAUCCCUAUAAUUGUGAACCAAUUUAUAUUAAUUAAAUUGUAUGGUUAAAGAGAGGAGAAACUCUUAGCAAGCAAUUGUUCUUUAAAACAGAACAGGGUUUUUUUCUUCUUCGUGAGGAUCUGUUAUUCAGCUCAAAGUUACAAAGAGCCUUGGUGAAAUGUUGUGUUUGUUGAGAUGUUUAUAGUUUAGAGAUAAAAAGUAAACGCAUAACAUCUUCUGCAGUACACUUAAUUAUGAAAACUUGGUUCCAGGAACUAGAUAAAUUAAAUUCAUGAUGCCGCUUGAUGCCAUGAUGUUUGACCAGUCUGAAUUAACUUCUGAUUCUGAAAUAACAAUUAUUAUGUUACAGGGCUUCUUAAAUUAAAACAGUCUUUAAGAAAAAUUCAACCAACAGCUGAGGAAGGCAUAAUUAAACACUAAAACAAGCGCAAAUAAUUGAAGAAUAACGUUAAAGGGACACUACUGUAUAAAGAUUGGCAGGCCCAAAGUUUGAUCAUCCCUAAAUACAUUGGUAAAUGUUCUCCUGAUACUGAACAAUUGAUCAGCUCUCCCAAAUAAGAGCAUCAAGAGGGUUCAGCUCCAGCUCCCCAACUAAAAGAGCAGCACCAAAAAAAAGUCUUUGUUGUCACUGCAUGAGCUUGCCUCUUCCACUUCUCGUUUCCUGUCCUAUUCUCAUGAUCAGUUAGGUCAUCUAAAUCCAAAAGAAACAUUUCAAUAUCUAGCCUUCUCGUAACCAGCACUGGAGACUCCACUGGAAAGUGAAAAGGACAGUGUAAUGGGCUGUGACUGAAACAAACCAAGAGCACGCUAUAGGUGGGUGAGUUGUCAUGGGGUCUCCUGAUUAUGCAGCUGAGAUUUUACUACUAGUGUUGCAUCCCUCCUAUAAAGGAUUGAUUGAUCAGUGUAUGUGAGAUAUGAUUAGCAUUGUCUGUAGGUUACAUUUCAGACCCACUUGUAUUAACUUCAGUGUCCUUUUAAACAUACCAUUCCUUCUAAAAACAUAGAAAAAGGGUUCAAGCACAUGUCAAUGUAUGAGAUUUCUUUUAAUGCGCAAUCAGCAAUUACUCAAGUAGCAGUAAUUGAACAUAAGGAACCAGAAUUUACUUUUGGCUGAUCUUUACUGGUGCACAAAAAAAUUCCCUUCAGCAAAUAAUGUGGUGUCUCUUCUUUUUAUUUUUUAUUUAUUUAUUUUAUUUUAUUUUUGGAGCUAGUUCAUCUUUAGAAAACAAAGUUUAUUGGCCAGAAGGAGAUUGAUAAGCCUGUCAGCGUAGUUUUCAGGAACAGCAGUAAGGGAUGUCGUCAUUUCUCUCAUCUGGUUGCCUAUUCAUUUACGUAUUAAAAACACUGCAGCGGAUAACAGAAAGGAUCUGGUUGUACUCUGGAUUAGACCAAUGUGCAAUGGGUAAAGCCAUUAAAAUCACUGGAGUUACACCGUCUAGCACAAGGGACAUCAGAAACAGGUCCAGAGGCAAAAGUAUCAAAUACUGGAGUUUUCUGACAAUCCCUCUUGAUGCAUUCUCCAGUUAGGAAGAUUAAGAUAAAAUAUCUGUGUGUGAAAGACCUUUCAUGUUGCUAUUCUAUCCAGAUAACCUCUCCAAUCAGCUAUGUCUGCCUUUGGGGUUUGUAGGCACUCACUGAAAUUAAUGGUGAGCUUCAUUUGUAUAUUUGAGCGCACAGAAUUUGUCCCAAUAUGUUCAUUGAGACCAUUUUUAAUGCUUCUGUUCUUGGUCUGAAAUGAUUUAAGAGAAGUUAUCUUUGAAGAGAGAUCUGAACUUCGUCUAAUUCCAGUGGUGUUCUCAGACCAAGGGUUUUGCUUCAGAACUACCUCUAUCUUUUGCAUUCAUGCAAAGUCUGAUAUUCCCUACUAUAAUUUCCUCUAAAAUGCCAAAUUCUGUUGCAGAUUUGCAACUUGAAUGGCUUACAACAUAAACAGCAUGCAGGAAUAUCUGGUGUCAUCUUUACCAACACACUAGAUCUGUACAUAUGCAAUUGUAAAACACAAAUGUGAACCAUCCCAUUCUUGCAAUAAGAGCAAAUUUUUAUCCUCCUCAGUGUGAAUAAAUAGUAGACGGGAAGUGCACUGUAUGCAUUACAGCUUGCAUGUGCACUUAUGCUACAAAGUGCUACACUCCAAGUGAUUUUAAAAGGCUGUUUUUGGUCUGGACAGUAAAGCCCAGUCAUCAAUAGUAUCUGAAAACAUAUUGAACAAGUGUUCUCUUUGAUACAGGAUUUUUUAAACUUUAAAUUUUCAUUCCUUUUUUUAAACACCCAAACGAUCCAGCACUUUGAAAUCAGCUCCUAGCAAUGGCAGUUUAUAAAGGAGAUGAAGAUGCAGUAUUCCUUAUUCUCCACUUUCUUAUACUUGGCACCAUUAAAAGUAAAAUAGGUUUAAACUAAGGUGCAUGUGAAAUUGUUAGCUGAAAUAAUGUAUAAUGAAAUUAACAGUGUUAAAAAUGCCAUCAGCAAUAUCGUUAUUUGGGGUAAAUUCACUAUGCAGAGAAUGGACAAAUGACUGAGCAACACCCCAGAAAUAGUAAUGGAAUAAUAACAACCACACAUCUCAUUUUCCAUUAACUGCAUAGAAAAAGUAUCCCAGGAUGUCAUUGAUAAAUGAAUCGUCUGAUAAUUAAUGUUCUUUAACAGAAAAAUUAUCUUUCUGCUUUAUAGAGGGUGGAUGCCUCAACAUGGAAAUGAGUUUACCACCAUUGAAAUCUUUUUUUUUAAGAGGUCAGUGAGGUAAAGUGUGUCUUAUACAGCAUACAAAAAUAGAGACUAUUCGACAUGUCCUCCCUGCCCCAAUACACGCACACAUCCACACCUGCAUACAAACACUCACAUGUUCACAUACCUCAUUACAUACGUAAUCAGAAACAAAGAUUUAACCAUGAUUUCAAAACCAGAUGAAAAAUUGGAAAUAUUUAGUACUGUAAAAGAAAAUACCUUCACCUUAUUAAGAAACCAGCUUGUAUUACUGUAUUAUGCCUUUGCCUGUGUUUUAUAACUGAAGAUGUACAUAAAGAUAUUUCAAAACUGCUAUAUUUUCACAGUUUCAUUACAGAGUAACAGUAAUUGUGUAAUGUAUGCUUAGCAAGUCAUGCCCAUUGGUACUUUUAAAUAUGUUAUAUCCUAAUCAAUUUCAGUAGGAAUUCAGUUUUUAGUAUGAAACCUAACUAUAAGGAUACUGCAUCUUUAAAAAAUAGAAUGAAGGUAUUUUACUGUACUUGUAACAGUUUAAAUAUUCUGUAAUAUAUGUGAUAGUCUAAAAGUAUUUUCAAACUUACAAUUUUACACAGGUUGUAAAUAGUUUAAAUGAAGUAUGUUUAAAACAAAACUUUUAGUUUUCAUCACAAAAAAUAAAAUUAAAACCUGCUCAGAUAUGCCUUGUAAAACUUACACACAGUUAAAAUAUAGGAACUAAAUUGUUACACUUUGUCAGAGCAUGUUCAGUCUGUGCAAAAAUGUAGUGGCCAUUUGUCUUGGUUUAUUGCCAAUGGUGUUAGAUGCAAUGAAGCCAUUUUGAGUCCUUGGAAGCUGAAAAAGUCAAAACUCAAAAUGCCUUAGUCUGAACAAGGUAAAAAACAAACAAAAAACAAGAACAACUGCAUUGGUGCUUUUUUUCUAGUCACUAAAAUGCACGAAAGGUACAGUAGCAUCAGACUCUUGUUUAAUUUAUUUGUUGUGUUUAUCUUCCCCUGCUAAAAUGCAGUUUGAAUGAAAGAUUGCAUAUCUAAAACAGAUGGUCAAACUCUUUGCUGAUUCCAAGGAAUUUAGUCUUUUAGGUACAGUUGCAUGUCAAGAUGAAGUGCUACAGGAAGAUUGUGACAAUUCUAGUGUACAUAUACUUGUAACAAGGACCACCCAAAGUCCACUUACAGACAUGAAACAGAAACUGAACGUGCUGUUCAUGAGCAUUAGAACUGAUGGGAUGUUCUUAUACUUUUACACAGCAAUAAGUAGGAUCCUGUUAUCAAUAAAACAAAAAUUAAAUUACACUUGGACUACAUCUCUGCAAUGCAGAAACAAACACAAAGUGCCAUUUGUUUUUUCAUUUAUUAAGAUGUUGUGCUAGAUCUUCUUUAUCUGGUCUGGUCUUUUCACAAAUCUGCAGGAAGGAAAUGUGUUGUAAUUUGCAGGUGAAUCAGACCACACCAGGUUUAAAUUAUAGGUGGAGGUCAUUGCCCCGAACUGUUUUAGGUGUCCCUCCCAAUUUAUGGCCAAUUUGCUUAAGAAACAUCCAGGCAUCCACGGUAUUCCCAAAUGAAAUAAUCCAGAAACCAGCAAUAAAAUCAGUGUAACGCUAGCAACUAUUUCUAGAAGAAUAAUGCAAUGCAUUGUUUUUCAAUGGAAAUUCCUUUGAAAAUCCUCUCCGUUGGUUUUGAACUCUUGAAACUUAGAUUUCACACAUUACUUCUCUCCUUUUUUGCCCUCUUGUGUAAUAUCCCUUUUAUGAAAAAUUUAAAAUCACCAGGGAAUUAGCUGAAAUACUUUAACAGUCAGCAAAGAAUGGAUCACUCCCUUUUUUUCGUUUUGUGAUAAGCGGAUGGGAGCCUGGAGCAUAUUUAAAUAACAUUUGCAGAUAUUUUUAAAAUGAUCUAGAGAGAGUUUUUUAUGUUAAAUGAUCUUACUAAUCAACUGUCCUUGACAAUUACAUUAAUAAAUUAAUUGAUUUUAUUAUAGAAAAUAGCCAGCCAUGACAACCAGGGCUUUUACACACUGUCUCUCUUUUUACAUAUAAUCUUAAAUGUUUCUGACAGAAAGUUGAUUAAUUGAUGUACUAAUGGACUCUUAAAAUAUCUCAGUGGUGUCAUUUCUCAGGCUUUUUCUGCUUCUUAAUAUGAACCUACUGAAGAUCAGAAUUUAAACUGAAGAACAUUACCUUCUGUUCUUAAACAAUGCAAUGCAGAUCAUAUUUUUAAAAUAGCUUCUCAGUUUGUAAUUGCAGGUUUGCACAUAUUACAUUUUGUGUAUGCAAAAAUCCACAUUUGUGUGUGCUAUUUGAAUCGUAUAACAUCUGCUUGAUUGCACAAACUGAGACAGGAUUCUGUGUAUACAAAAAUAGUUGUGAAGAGAAAAACAGCAGGUGCAAAUUUAGAUACUACUUUUGAAAAUGUGGGCCUAUGUGUGCAAAAACUACUGCAGACAGUGUGUGUCAGUUAAACACGUUUCAUUACCACUAGUUUAGUAACAAAUUAUUUUUAAUCAUAUCAGCCAUCAGUGGAUAUAAUCACAUCAGGACAUGCAAAUAUUUAUUCUGUGUCAUCCUGAAUUUAAUGUCCAGACAUUAAGCAUAUAAAAGAACUCAGUGCACACUGGGAUGGUAGUAGAGCAUCAUAGAAUAUGUCAACAGAAGGCUAAAGGGCAAAAAUGGCUCCUGUUUUGUUUUUUUCUGUGUAUGUGUGUUUUCUGAUGGAACACUGCUAGAAACAGGCCCCCAUAGAAAUCUCCUUUAGGGGGAUUGGUUUACUGCAGCAGUAUGUGUCAGUUGGCCAUUCAUAAAAAAGGCAGUAUAGUCUUCAUGAUGCAAAAAUGUGCAAUUCUUCUUGCUUCAUUCUGCAAUACACACACACCCACACACAGAUACUUGCUUUUAGUUGCAUUGAUUGCCAGUAUUUCUCUGUAGUAGUUGUUGAUUUCAUUGAUGUUGGACUAUGAAAUAAACUGUAUUAGCCUUGUCAUGUCAUAGAAUAUUAUGGACACACUCUUGCUCCUCAGCACAGGCAAAAAUUCAGUGGGAAUUCUGGUUACUAUAAGAAUACAAGAUUGAGCUCUUAGUGAUAGGGAUUCUCUAGGGCACUGUUGUGUGAAUUCAUGAUCUUCAAUGUUUUCCAGAGUUUAGUCUGUCAAAAAAAAAUCAGCAAGCUGAAAUACUAGUGACUGUAAAAAUGCUUGAUCUUUGUGUAUUGUUGGACACAUUGAUUUGCUUCAUGAGAUAUAUUUUUGUAUGUUGCUAACCCUACCUUUAAAAUGCAUUUGCAAACAUAUACAGUGUUCAGCAUGGUAUCACACUGAGAUGUGAUGUGAUAUGAUUGUUAUGGACUGUAUUGAGAUUAAGACAUAAGCCAUGCAGUUUGGAACCAAAUUUAGGUACCAACAUUCUCUAAAUCCAAGCCCAUCAGAUUUUGGGUUGGGCUUAUCAAAGAGACAGUUCUGAGACACAGUUUUUGGAUUGGGGCUGAACUUGUCCAAAAUUCAGACUAGGUUUUAUCUUGAGUUCUGAUUCAAGCCCAUUUCUAAUUGUCAUAUAUAUACUUCUAAAGACAACUUCUUUCUCUCCCAAUAGUUCUGUAAGUAUAAAUGUGUUUAGCGUAAGCUCUCCAACAAACACCCACACAACACAUUCCCUUUACCUGUUGUCUGUUCCUGAAAAAUUAUAUCUUCCAUUUGCAUACAAAAGAGAACAUAAACAGUUAUAAAUUCAGACAUCAGAUCUUUUAACAUCCCCCACCACCACUCUUCCCCCCCUUCCUACCCCCCACAUACACACUUGCUCAAAGUGACUGAAGAGUUGAGACACUAUCUACAUGUGAGGUCAAAAAUAAUAUUAAUUUAAAGUGUUCUGUCAGCUGUGUUUGUGAAGAAACAAAAGAAAAAAAAUAUCAUUCUUGGCCAACCCAAACAUAGAUGAAGCAAAUUCCACCAUGAUAUUAGGUGUAACACUGAGGCCAGGGUUGAAUUUGGCCCCAUAUUUUUCCCUUCAGCUAGGUCAUUAUUUUUGUAAGCGCCAGUAAUUGUUCGUAUGAUCCUUUUGUGUAAAAAUACAAAAACAUCCCUUACUUUAUGAAACUAUGGAUUCGGGACUGAAGCUUCACAAAGUGGAAUAAUAUGUACAGCAUCUGAUUCUCUUUCCUAGAAUAUGAUGUGAAAGGUUCACUAGUCCAUAAGCCGACAGAGAUAAGUGUGUCAAUAGAAAGUCCUGUACUGAAAAGAAUUAAAACUACCAGUGCUAGCAAGCAGAUGUAUUAAUUCCUUAAAUCUUUCUUUUGCUUUCUUUUCAAAGGGUUUUAACUGCAAAACAUUUCUUUAAAAAAAAUCAUCUAAAGAUCUAAUUUCCCAAUAGUUUCCUCUGCAUUUAUAUACUAUGUAGUGUUUAGGCAACAUCUAUGUUAUAAGUUUAUUAAUAUUAAGUAAGUGUUGUUCUUGUAUUUAUGUAUAGUGUAUGUACUGUAAAUAUACUCAGAGCUUUUUUCCUCUUACUGUAAAAUGGUGAUUUUUGCCCUAUGAUAAUGUAAAGGGAGUCCCCACAUGAAAUUCUGUCAGAGGAUGACUAUUCCAGUCUAUUCUCAAAGAUUUAAAUGAAGAAGUGUUAUUGUUUCUAAUAGUGUCUCAGACAUAUUCUGUUGGUGCAUUGCUUUUCUGUAUUCAACUUUCCUAUGAAUUGAGCUGUGAACUGAAAUAGAGUUUAAACCUUUAAAUGUAUGCAUUUGUAUAAUUAUCUGAAUGGAGGCAUGAAGGUUAAAUAAAGCAUUUUGUAUAGAACAAACCCCCUAAUUAUUACUGUGGGUGACUCAGAUCUUCUGAAAUGCAGUUAUUAACUUUUUAAAUUAAACCUUUGU